AUGAUAUGUUAUGUUAUUUUCUCUCUUGGCCAGCUGUCUGGCUUGGCGGACUGGCUGGCUCCCUGGCACCAUGUUGUCGCCCUGGCGAGUUCCGAGGCGGACGUGUACUCCAUACAGAUGCUGGCGCUGACGGAGCACCUGCAGAGAAUGCAGAGGGAGCGGGAGGAGAGGCGGAAUGGGGGGGGCAGCAGCCCCAGCAAGGGCAUGGCGGGAGGGGGAGGAGUUACGGCUGCGGGCAGCAGCGGCACGGGCACGGGCACGGGCAGCGUGGCUCUACAGGGUCGUGUAUCCCACACCGCUGAUGGCUACCGGCUGUCCCAGGCGGAGAGGGACCGGGACAGCAUACUGCACGGCCAGGUGUCAGUGGCGGCCAUGCAACAACGACUGCAACACAAGUUCGGGGAGGAGGCGGCGGCGUUCAUGUUGCAUGACCUCAAACAGGUUCCGGAGCACCUCCACGUGCUCUUCUACAUGGUCAUCCUGCAGCUCCGGGAGCUGCCCAGUCCGCUGCCCGCGUCCCUAGGGGAGGCCUACUACGCGGUCUUCGCGCAGCACUUUGACCGCACGGUGUCGGCCGCCGAGCGGCGGCACACCACCUUCCGCACGCAGGUCGCGCAGCUGCAGGUGCAGACGCAGGUGCAGUUGGAGGCGAUGCAGCAGAAGGUGACGGAGCUGUCGCCGCGUGGGGCGCGCCCCACGGCUCAGGCUCAGCUGCAGCAGCUGCAGAAGCACGUGCAGCAGCAGGCGGUGGAGCACCAGGCGCAGCUCAAGAUGUAUGCAGCUCAGGCGAUUGCGGCUCAGGAACUGCAUACGCAGGUCAUGCGGCUGCUCUGUGUGGCAGUAGCAGCUCAGGAGCGCCUCAGCACCACCCAACUCGCCGCCAUGGGUUUCGAGGGUGUACUGCAGCACCUGCCGGCCUGGGAAGUCCUCUUCCAUGUACGGGAUGGCGUCAUGGUGAUGGCGGACCCCUCCCUGGAGUCCUGGCUGAUGGAUAAACGGGUGGCCAAGCAGUUUACCGCCGACCCGCGGGUCGGUCAUGCUGUGCUGGGUCACCACUACCGCCAGGUUGCGGAGCGGGAUGUACGGGCGCUGGAUACGUACGGCUUGCGGUACGCCGUGUUGCAUUUGUUGUUGAGCGACGAGGAGGUGACGGGUGGCGAGCGGCUGUUGAUGGAUGCGGAGUACAUGGAGCAGGUGUUUCGCUGCCAGGAAGAGGGUACCCUGUACCUCACCCUGCUACGUCUGACGCACAAAACGGAGGUGGUUUCGGAGGUACUGCGCUGGCUGCGACACAACAUGGGCGCCUUGCGGGCCUUCCCACGCGCCGUCAUGGGCCUCUGGCAGUCGGCGCCCUCACGUACGCUGCUGGCGCGACUGGUGGCCGCCGCUGAGGGUCGUACACCUCCCAGCGGCGGUGUACGAAGCUACGGCAGCAACCACCAGAACUACCAACCGCACGGCGCCGCAUCUGGAGGUACGGAUCAUGCUAAGCCGGGGGCGACAAGGCCAAGCUGGGACGGCGAUGGCAACGCCGCCGCCGCCGCCGGAGGCGGCGGCGGCGCCCUCACUUCUGCUGGUGGUUCUUCGUCCCAUACGCGACCCAGCCGGCCGCAGUGCAAGCUGCUAAACCCACCGCCGUUCUGGCCGGCUGCAAUCACGCACUUGCCGGGUCAUAAUGGUGGCGUGACGGGACUGGUGUUUGACCGGCGUAAUCGGCUGCUGGCGGCCGCUACUGCCGCCGGUACCGUGCUCAUGUGGGACCAUGCUACAGCGCGCUGCGUGGGCACCCUCACGGGCUACAGCCCCUCGGUGCCCUGCGUCGACCUGCACCCGCAAGGCAGGCUGCUCGCCGUUGGCUCGUCCACCGACAGUGCCGUACGUGUACGAGCGUUGGAUUCUGGAUCGGGGCCGCUGCUGGUGUUUAGCGAACCGCAGCCCGACCCCGUGUUGAAAACCCUGCUGGGGCCCCGUAACGCACCUUCGAUACGGCACAUGUCGUACAGCCCCGAUGGGCACUUGUUGGCGGUGGUGUAUGGCGACGGAACGGUGACGGUGUGGGACCCGGUCAAGGGGCUGCUAGCCCUAGCCUGCGCCAAUGGCACCAUCCGGGUGUGGCAUCUGGAACGGCUCAAUCCACUGCACAUCAGCGUACUGCGCGCGUACGACAACAACGUGCCCAUCCGUGCCGUACACUACAGCCCAUCGGGGCUGCUGCUGGCAUCCCUGGCGGAGGGCGCUGCGGAGGUGUUGUUGUGGGAUGUGGCCUCGGGGAAUCAGCUGCAGGUGCUGCAGGGCCCGCCGGGGGCGGCCCCGGCAAGGAGGAUUCUGUAUAAAAAGGAACGAAGAAAGGGCGCCUGUGCGGGCGACGACGGGGAGGUGUGCGUGUGGAACGCCAGCACCCGGGGUCAGUGGUUCCAAGCCGCCAGCCUCCGCGGCCACUCCUUCGCAGUCAACGCCUUAGCCUUCAGUCCCUGCGGCCUGGUGCUGGCCACCGGCGGCAACGAGGACGGCGUACGGCUGUGGGACAUGGGCGCCAUACUGCACCGCAGCGAGGCGAUGAGGGCGGAUCAGGGUUACGGAAUCGGUGGCGGCGCCACAGCGGCCGCGGGGCCUGGCGCCGCCGCGGCUGGCGCGGCGGCGGAGCGGACGGCGGCGCAGCACCAGGUUACUGUUAUUCGCGGUGAUGAGGCGGCUAGCAGUGGGCGGCACCCGGCACCGGGUGUCAUAUCCUGCCUCACCCACAACCCCAGUGGGACACAGCUCGCUGCUGGCCUGGCUGACGGCGGUGUGGUGGUCUGGGACGCCGUUUCACCACGGCGCUGGGUUCGGCUUGUGGGCGACCACGGGCGACCCGUCGGUCGCGUGAUUUACUCUUCCGACGGCAACCUCCUCGCCUCCGCCUCCGACGACGGCUGCAUCUGCAUCUGGAACACCUCCGAUAUUGACGUCACGGGGACACACUUGCUGGUGGCUAUCCAAGCAGACGCGGCGCUGGGCGGCAGGCUGUCGCACGACGGCUUUGGCGCCGGUGGCGGCGCCGCACCGAGCCGCGCAACGACGGCCUGGUUGGCACCAGCAGCCGCGGCCGCGGCUGCCGCCGGCGCUUCGCGCCGUCACGGCCCUGGCGCUGGCGGCUGGGUAACUCUGUCCUGCAGCGUCGCCUUUGCCCCCCGCGGCAGUCACCUGGCCUCCGCUCACGACGACGGCACCGUGUUGCUGUGGGCGCUGCCGUCGGGAGCGCUGGCGGCACGGUUGCAGGGCCACGCGCGGUUGGCGUACGGCUUGCAGUACAGCCAGGACGGCAGGCUGCUGGCGACGUGGUCGGAUGACGGGACGCUGUGCUUGUGGAGCCCGGAGGCGGCUCUUCGCGCCGUCGUGGAGGAUCAGCUGCCUCAGCCGAUAGCCACCCUGCAGCACCGCGACCACGUGUACGACGUCGACUUUGCGCCCAACAACGCGCCCUCACUGGCGUCCAUUAGCCGGGACGGCAGCCUUCGCACCUGGGACAUCCGUACAGCGUCAUGUACGGCUUCCGCAUCCCACGGCCACGGCACCGAUUCCAAAGAUUCCGUGGAGGGCGUGCGUUACAGUCCCACGGGUCUGUUGCUGGCGACGUGGUCCUCUUUGGAAUCCUUGGUACGGCUGUGGCACGCCGCCAGCUGCACUUUGCUGCGGGAGAUCAGCGGGUUGCAGCUGAUGGCGUGGGCCGGUCUGGGCCCGGGACCCUGGGCGGCGGUGCUCAGGACGGACUAUGCGCCGUUUGUGGUGCGGCUGCCAGAGCGGGCGUUGAUGAUGGAGGCAGCUGCCAUAGACGCGGGUGUCGCUCCGGACAGCAGUCCCGAGUACUUGGCGGCGGCGGAGGACGAGACGGCGGAGGGACUGACGACGGCAGCAGUCGGCCUGUCGCCCCUGAGCCCGACCGGCCCCGCGGCGCAGCGGCGUCUGGAGCAGCUGCAGGUCUGUCGGCAACUGAGCUUCCGACCCGCGGAGCAGUCGCUGACCCCGGUGGUGGCGGCCCAUCAGGCGGCGCCGCUACGACCGUGUGUACGAAUAUUCAGCGGCACCCGCUCCGUACCUCACGUGACGCUGCGCGGCCGCUCUCUCGUGUUGGCGGAUAACAGCUCCACGGCCUUUUACAGCGUCACGCACGACACGCAGCCGGGCCCGCAGCAACAGCCACACCAGCAGUUCCAACAGGAGCGGCCACAGCAGCAUGAGCGAGGCCGUCGGGCCACAGGCCAAGGCUUCUGCAGGAAAGCCCCCGACUUUGACGACUUUGCAUUCGGCGCCAGCGCGGGCUACCGGGUAAGGUAAUCACCCCGAAGGGGGGGAGGUCGUACCGUGCAUCAGGGGGUCGGCGGCGGAUUGUGGCGGAAUGGCAGGGGGGUAAUUUGGUGUGGCACGGCGAGGUUGGCCUUUUAGACUUUUCUGAUCGGAAGGCGGCGGAUUGCCGCGCAACUCGAAAAGCGGGUGUGGGGGUGCGUGAGUCAUUGUUUUGUGUUUUUUAUGUUUUUCGUAAAGCUCCUGGCUUCUAGCGUCCAUGAUGUACGACGCGAAAACAGAUUGGGGCUUUGCAUUGUGUAGCAGCGAACUGCGCCGGCCAGCAAACGGCGGAGCAAACGAGCGCGCAGUGGUGGCGUCGAGAUUCAGUGUUUUGGUCCGGGACAUUAUCGUGAUGUAUCUAAGGCGUGCGAACCCAUUGCAGAACUUUUUUUGGGUGGCAUUGUCGUGUCGGUGUGUCCUAAUGCGGCUUCACUUUUUGGCAUGUGUGUGAUUACAAAGCAAGAUGGGCGUCAUGUAUGAACUAGGCUUCAUGCAGGGACUGCGUUGGUUUGCGGCGUUGGGGCACCAUGGAAGGGCCGUUGUGCGGUAAGACAUAAUGCCCUUUGGGGGGUUGGUGGUGGCUUCUCGUACGCUGGGGGUUGUCGUACGCUGCUUCCCGGUGUGUGUGGUGCCCAGCCGGUACCUGUACUCGGCGGUCGAGCGCCCGGGACCCCUAAUGCGCGCGUCGCCAUUGCGAAGUGGGAAUCCUUUGUGGCAUUGCAGCUCUCGCAUUGUUGCGCCAACCAUUCAUCACAACAGAUCGCCGUACGAGUAGCACGAAGUCCUCAUGGAAAAUCUUUCGCAGACCCCCUUUUCGACACGUCGUCACGAACCCAUGUUUUGUCGCGUGGUGUGCUAUUCUCUUUAGCCUAGUGGUUUUGGUGGGGAGAGCGAUUAGAAGCGCACUGAAGGUGCCAUUGUCCGCCGAUGGAAUGUCCCUUUCCUGUUUUUACGAUGUUCUGACGCAUGUUCUUGACUUCUGCUUGGGUUUAAUUUUUAGGCCGUAGCUGGCAGCCUUUGAUCGCAUAGUAACUUUGUGUAUAUAUCCGCCGGCGUGCUCUGGGAGGACCAGCCUUGUGCCCGGCUUUAUACAUACCUGUCCAUAACGGUUCGAAGUUCUCCAUCCCAACCAUGCGGCCAACUUCCUGCCAAGCUCUGUUGUAAAUAAUUCAGUCCACC